GUGGUUUCAGUCUGUGAUGAUGAGGAUGAACGUCUACAUGUGUCUGUCAGCCUUCAUCCUGAGCUGCAGAGUCUGUGCAGAGAUGGUUCCUAUGGCUGUAAUGGAGACGAGCUCAGUGUCUUUACCUUGUUCUGACAUCGUGGACAAAAGAAUGACCUGGAAAAAACGGGCUCCUGGGCGGCACGACCAUGAAUCCAAUUUUCUAUUUUCACUUAUUGGUGACGAAGAACGAAGAGAAAAUGACCCAGAGGAACGAUUUAGUUCAGUGGGAUAUAAUUCACUGCACAUUAACAGAGUUUAUUUAUCAGACAGUGGAGAAUACCUGUGUAACAGCCAUUGGUCAGUGGAGCUGACGGUGAUCCCAACAGGAACCUUCAUCCAACAUGCUAGAGAAGGGACCAGUGUCACUCUGACAUGUCCUCAUGUUACUGGUUCAUAUGAUCUAAUAUGGAGAAGAGAGUCUGAUGGAUGGAGACCACAUCCUGGUCUGACUCUGACUCUGACAGACCUUAGACUGUCUGAUUCUGGACUGUACAGCUGUGAUGGAAAACCUGCUGUGUAUCUGAAUGUGACCACAGGUGAUGAUGAAGCACCGCCCACAACAACAGACACAAAAACGACAAGUACGUCUGCAACAACAACAGCAACAACACAGAAGAAAACUACAUCCAAGACAAACAACAGCAAAAAGGGCACGAAACCAGAGAAAAAAGACACUGUCCAGACCAAACCAUCACCAGUGGAAAACACCGGUACGACCACAACAAAACACACAAAUGAUGAAGAAAGUCAGUGA